UAUAUAUGACCAAGUUUCUUACAAUUAGUAAACCAUACUGGACUGAUACACGUUUUUCUUCAACUUUACAGUAGCCUAUAUAUGAACUAUGCCAUGUUUGUCUUAUGAAGUGUAACUUAUGAAGUUGUAAUGAUCACAUACAGCAGGUAAAGUGACCAGUAGAGGGUGAUGUGUGUUAAUGGGGAUUUUCUGAUUCUAAGUUAAAGGAGUUCACAGACGUCUGCAUGUAAUUUGUGUGUAAUACCUCCUACAUGAAGUCCAUAUAUGACUAAAUGAGGAAACAGAUAUGAGCACAGUCAUUCAGCUGUGUUGGUCAAUAUCCAAACAACAAGGUGUUAUCAUUAUGUGCUGGCUGCUUGGGAAGUCUCUAAACCUUCUUCAGAUCAGUCACAAAGUAUAGACCUGCAAUAUGUCGAAUCACUCGGUGGCGGGGAUUUACCUCAGCACUCAUGAGGAGAACAUCCUGUUCGCAACCUUCUACAUUAUCAUCUUCAUCAUCUCAGUCCCCAGCAAUGCCUUGGCACUUUGGGUUUUCUGCCACAACAACACCAACAACACCCCCUCCAAAGAGUUCCUGAAGCACCUGGCUAUUGCGGACAUGUCUUACGUCCUGGUGCUCCCCAUGCGAGUGAUCUACCACAUGUCAGACAGUCACUGGCCUCUUGGUGAAGGGUCCUGUCGCGUGGUAGGUUUCCUGUUCUUCGUCAACCUCUACUGCAGCAUGUACUUUAUGACCUGCAUCAGUGUAGACCGUCUGUUGGCUUGUGUCUUACCAUGCAAAACUCAGAACCUGAGAAACACCAAGAACGCCAAAGUGGUCUGUGCGGUCUUGUGGGUCAUGGUGACCAUUUCCAUGGUGCCUAUCCUGUUCUCCAAAAAAGAAGUGACUAGACAAUGGCAGAAUGUUACAGUGUGCGAACAGCUGUACAUAGAGAAGUCCACUAAUCCAACCGCUGCGGUGGUGUCCACUGCCAUUGCAUUCAUGAUACCUCUGCUCACCCUGAGUGUCUCUUACAUUCUCAUAUUUUGCAAAGUCAAACAAAUGACUUUUCAAGAAAGGACGCCAACUCAGCGUAAGGCAAUGAGAAUGAUCGUGCUUACAGUGGUUAACUUCUUGAUAGCAUUUGUGCCCUAUCAUAUCCACCGAUUUUUCUUUAUCAUACAGCAUGAGGACAUGUCAAGGUCGGAAUCCGAAAGACAAAUGAUGCAUUUGGGAAAUCGAAUCACCUCAGCUUUAACAUGCAUAAGUGGCGUGUUGGAUCCUGUCAUGUACUUCUUUCUGGCUAGAAAUUACCAAAAAACCCUUCUGAGGCUCUGUGGAAGAAACCUCAACGAUGAGCAAUCCACCGCAUGAUCAGGCGAGAAAUCUUCUACGCUGUUAACUACCAGGCACAAUGAAAAUCAGUAUCUGUUAAACACGUGUUUAAAGUGAAAUUAGAAGUAGAAAAAGUAUGGCUGAUAAUGAUGGAGGUUCAUUCAGAAACCUAUUGAAUCCAUGCAAUUUGAUUCCUCAAAUGUUGGAACUCCCAUUUCCAGAUUUCAAGAUGACAAAAUCUCAUAUGAAAUCUGGAAAUGGGAGUUCCACAUUUGAUGUACAUCUUGUAAUACACAUGACAAUGACAAGGUUAUCUUUAUGUUUAUUUAACUUAUUUCAGCAUUUUCAUUUAUCAAUAUUUAAUAUAUAAUAUAUAAUUUUUGUAUAUGCCACUUUUAGAUGUUCAAGAUCUGAAUAAAAUAUUCUUUCAAAAUCUUACAUACAUUUCAAUGUCCUCAC